GGAACCUCUUGCUCACUUUCACUUACCACCUGCCUUUCCCUGUGCUUCACCAUGUGCACGGGAAAGUGUGCCCGCUGUCUGGGGCUUUCCCUCAUCCCCCUCUCCCUAGUCUGCAUUGUGGCCAAUGCCCUAUUGCUGGUACCUAAUGGAGAGACCACCUGGACCAGAGACCAUCUCAGCUUGCAAGUCUGGCUCAUGGCAGGUUUCAUCGGAGGUGGCCUGAUGGUACUGUGUCCGGGAAUUGCAGCUGUUCGCGCAGGGGGCAAGGGCUGCUGUGGUGCAGGCUGCUGUGGAAAUCGCUGCAGGAUGCUUCGCUCAGUCUUCUCCUCUGCGUUCGGGGUGCUUGGCGCCAUCUAUUGCCUUUCAGUGUCGGGAGCCGGGCUCCGAAUUGGACCUCAAUGCUUCAUGAACGGCGAAUGGGACUAUCACUUCAAAGAGACCUCAGGUGCUUACUUGCUCAACCGUACUCAGUGGGAUUUGUGUAAGGAGCCACCUCACGUGGUCCCCUGGAAUGUAACGCUCUUCUCGGUGCUGGUGGCCGCCUCCUGCCUAGAGAUCGUGCUGUGCGGGAUACAGCUGGUGAACGCGACCAUUGGUGUCUUCUGUGGCGACUGCGGAAGGAAGGAGGGCACCCCUCACUGAGGUUCCAUUGACCACCAGAUUGCACCUGCUCGCUUGUUUGUGGACACCCACUUGUUGCUCCUAUGACCUGGCUCUCUGGAAUAAAAUUCUUUGAGCUCUC